UCCCACCAGGCGGGACGGGGAAGGGAAGUGGUGGCGCCUCCCGGCAGGGGCAAGGCUGGAGGAGCUCCCCGCCGCCCCUGCCCUCGGAAGAGUCGUGCCUGGCGCUGGCCCCUCCUCGGGACCUGCCGGGCACGGGAGGGAGCCGCGGGGAGCUGCCGGCGCCUGGCCGGGUGCGCGGGUCUGCGCAGCCCCGGGUCUCGGUGUGAAACUGCCGCCGACGGGGCGCGGGUCGGGUCUGCAGCCGGCAUCGCCUCUCCUGCGCCGCCUGCCCCGGCUCCGCGGCAGCCUGGCCGCUGUUUUGGUGCCGUACAGAGGUAAUUUGCGGUUACUUGUAUCCGCUCUCCCUGGAGGCAGCUCGGCCGGAGGGGCAGGGUGAGUGGGUGGGUGCCAGUGGAUGCCGGUGCCUUCGCCCAUCCGGCUGCAGAGCGUGGGGAGCCGAGGGGCUGGAGGCGCCUCUGCCCCACCGUAACGUCUUUGGAACUUGGUCAGGAUAGAUAGAACCCCACCUGUCCUUCAGGGAGCUCUGCCUACUGAGAACGGCACCGUCCCGGCUCCUCCGGGAUAAGCGCUCGCGGCGGGACUGUCGAUACACAAGGCUAGGCGCAGAAUUUUUUUAUUUUUCUAUUCUUUACAAUUCCAGCCUUGUGACUUAUUGAACACUUUCUUCAAGUGUUUUCACUGGAAACUUGUCUCAAAUGAGGGCUGUGAGCCCUAACAAAGAAGGGUGUUGUUCGAGAGCCAACAGGUGACGGGGUGAAACCUGAGUAUAUGUGUACAUUGGAGUAAAGUCUGGCUGCUGUUUAAAAUAGAAUUUAAAAAAAUCAAUGGGAGACUGUAAAAGGCAAGAUUUCUUUCUUUCUAAAUCUGUACACCCUCCUAAGGAGAGAGGGGGGAAGCAUCCGUGAGAAUACGGCUUCCUCGGCUGGAAGUUUGGGUCUUGCCUUACUGCAGUGUGCGCUUGAGUUUCCAUCAGCGCUGGAAAGUGCCAAGGAUAACACGGCCAAAUCAGAUGUGUUGGCGUGGGGCGAUGCUUUGUCAUGGGGCUUCCUCCUUUUGUUAAUGGAGGUAGGCUGUCUUUGCAGUGUGGCUCGUCAAAAGAAAAUACCCUGAAAAGGAUAGUCUGAUUUUCAGUUGGAAAAGUAAUCUUUGCGCUGGAAUGCUAGAGGAGGAAAGCAGUUAACUCAUCUGUCGGUCCUUGUUCGCUGGCUAAUGAAAGGGAAAAAAGUUCUUACUUGUAGGGUCCAUCUGGAGGUCCGUCGAAUGGAUAAGUAGACAGGCUCCGUUCUUUCCCCCACUGCUCUGGGUAGUUCGUUACUCAAAGGAGUCAACAGAUGAAGAAGUCGCUGGUACUGAUACAGAUUCUGAUCAUCAGUUGGAUCCAGAUUUUCCAAGCACAGAGCUAUAGAGGUCACUGUAAAUAUGUUACUUGUUCUGUAGCUAGGGAAUGGGACUUCCUGAUGAUGUGCGUAAUACAUAUUGGAAAUAGUCUUUGAAUUAUUAAUAGGUUACUUUGUGGUUGUUUAUUGCUGCUGUAUUACGCCCUUCCUCUUCUAAUGUAGUUAUCUUGCACCAGGGAUUAAAUACACAGGUGAAUGAGCUGGCCACGCUAAUCUUAACUUGUUGAGCCUUCAUUGUGAAUGGAUGCAUGUGAUAUGCAUCUUGUAUCCCCUACAGCCUUGUUAACAAGCCUUCUAACAAAAAAAGUUGUUAAAACAAUUUACCCUGCAGGACAGAGUAAAACAGCAGGGGAUGGGCAAGGAGAUGUUUGUCUAACUGUGCUCACAAAUCAUGACCUUUCUAUCUGGUCAGGGGGGAACAUAAUCAGUGAGCUGGAAAUCCUAGCACAGGGAUAACCUUCAAAUGGGCUUCAGCAACAACUUUGUUCUAAGUUUGAUAUCCCAAUAUUUUUUGGACCCAUAGGUUUGUAAUUAGGAGUGUAGUUUGUCUUUGCUUCUAAGGAAUUUCUCAUAUUAUGGUUGUUUUAAUUCAUCAGUGGAAAAAACACAUUAAUUGCUUUUCUUUUUAAAUCGAAUUUAGCUGUGUAGUUCAAUUAUGUUAUUCAUAGUUGUCAACCUGCCAGUGAAUACCUCCUUGUAGACUAUAAAGCCUUUUUUAAGAGGUAGUAUUUGAACAGAGCUGAAACCUCAAAAUGUUCCACAGACUUCAAGAAAGCAAAGCAAAACAAAACAUCCUUGCUGUGUUCUGUAGGUGUCAUGGCAGGAGAAGAAAACAUACCUUUCCACUCAUCCCUUGGAAAGCACUUAUUUUUUCAGCUGUUGUUUAUAUUCAUUUGAAUCCUCCUUAGGAUGUAAUCAUUUUAAACAGAUCACUUUGAAGGAUGAGUGUGGUUGGAAGGCAGGGAGGAAAAACCCUGUAGUUUUAAAAUGCAAACCAAAUCACACUUGAGCAGGAGAGGAAGAAGAACUCCUAAACAAGCAAUUGCUAAAAUAGUUCUGCAGAUAGCCUGCUGUUAAACUAGGCUGGAUUAGAAACCUUGCUCUCAGCAACACCACGGUAUUUGUGACAUGGCCAUAUUGAUACGUGAUGUACUGUCAGUCAUUUUAUAGCCAGCUUUGCGUUUGCUCUAUGGGAGCAUUUUUCUUUGAAAGUGAAUUAUGUCCUUUUGAGUAAUCUCAGUUCACUGAAGAUUUGUGAACGUUGCUUUGACCAUUUCCAGUUGCCUUAUCUGGGGAGGAGAACCCUGACAAUAAAGUUGCAUUUUAGAGUUGGAGGUAAGGAGUAUUUUUCCUUUAUUCUCUAUCAGCCUAACUUUCAACUGUCUUGUAUGACUGGAAACUGGACCUGUGGGUCUGUGGUUUCCUCUUGUUGGUGUGCAAGCUCUCUUAAAUGGAUUGGUCAGAGGACGCCCAGGCAGGACCAGUUUCUACAGAAAAGCAGUCUGGUCUCUUACCAGUGCCUUGUCUUCCUUAGGAAUUAGGCAGCGCUCCUACACUUACAUACCUUUGCUAGUUGAAAUCCUGAUGUUUCCCAGCGCUGCUUUUUGCAGUGUGGAAGUAGUAUUUAGCCUUAGUAUUCAAAAUACUCAGCAAAGUUAACACAUCACCAUGCGUUCAGAUUUUGGAUUGUUUCCUUGCCUUUCAAGAGAAGUAAGUCAGAGAAGUUAAUCUCUGAUCUUGCAGAGAAAGGGUUUUGCACAAUCAAUAUGAAGCGAUUACUCAGUUACUGGUGGGCUUGUGAGCGUUUGGCAUUGUGUGAAUGAGGCAGAGGUACACUCUGCUCAAGUGCCGAGGCACUGCCAGAGCUUAACCUGUCUCUUUGCCUAAAUUAUGUUUCAAGUCUGCUUUGUGUGGUGCGCGGUUGAGGUCAGGCUGCCUAAUGAAAUAUUGGCAAAGACAUUUCACCUACUGACUCCUUUUAUUCCUGGUUUAUUGGGCAGGAGUCAGUUCUUGAAAACUGACUGUUUGACCACCACAAGUUCUUGCGUUGCGAUGCCAUAAGAAUUGGAAAUACCAGCUUAGAUGUCAGUGAGUGACACAGUAUUGUAAAUUAGAUAUCUGUCUCUUUCUAAGGGGAAAUGGUAAAACAGUUCAUCUGCUGCUGAGAUAAUAUUGGAAGGAAUUGGGCUUCUCGGUGAUCCUCAUAGUGACUUUUUACUUAAGAGUUAUUUGGAUAUAGAUGAUGCAGGACACAAGCUGCCAAUCUGAGCAUCCCCAUCCCUCAGCAACAGUGAGCACUGUUGCCUCUUUUUGCUAGAGUGAUUUCCUAAGUGCAUCACAGCAUUCCUCUAUCCUUCCUUCCUCAAACCCCAGUUUUAUGCAAGCAAUAACAAAAACAUACCUGAUGCUUAACUUUACUUCCACUGGUAAGUUGAAAAGGGAAACAGUCUCUUGUCUUGUCAUUUGUUUCUGAAGGCAACUAAUUCAAGGGAUAUAGUAAGUACCAGGAAGUCUGUUUUCUAUUUGAAAUACAUGUGAUUGAGUUUGGUUAUACUCACCUUCCUUGAGAAAGAUGGUGAUAUGGCAGUGUUAAACUCAGAAGCUGUUUUACUAACCUUCAGUUGUUCAACUUGAGUAAGAUUUCAGGCAUGUGCCUGACAGCUCACCAGCUUUCCAGAAAUAGCCUGUUCUCCGAAGGGAAGUUGGCAGGUUUGCUUGCCCCAUCAAAUAUUAAAUUAAUCUCUUAUUACAGUGCAGCUAUGAAGUGUGUUGGCAUCUCAGCCAUGCACCAAAAAUAAUGCCUAUGUUUUUGAACCAGAAGGUUUUGGAGUAAAGUUAAAUAAUUUAAUUUCUAUGAGCACUAGCCCAGUGGAAGAGUAAAGUAAUGCCAUCUCUUUUUAUUGGGUGUGGGAAUGUAUAGAUGUAUAGAAAAUAGGAGUAGAUAAGACCGUAUACUACUGGGUAUUGUAAUUUCUGUGAGUUUGUUGCUCUGGAUGCAUGUGGGCACUUUUUAUGGAACAGGUUUAGUUUAUGUGCUGAAUCAUCAGAACUUGGCACUAACCAGUGCCUGAUACUUGAAGGAGAAACUCCUGUUGAGUAACCAACAAAAUAGUUGGGUACACAGUCUUAAAUCUUCCAUCUGUGAUCUAUCAGCAACUUACUUUCUCUAAUAUGGUGGUGAUAUACUGGAUAUGUAAUAACAUGGGACUCAACAGAAGUUUUUAGAGUGCUCUCCACAUUAGACGCACCAGCAAGGUUAUAUGGCAAGGAGAUUAGAAUUUUCUGCUGCUCAGAUCUAGCACUCACAAAAUUGGAUCUCUGUUUAGAUAAAUAGGUGGAAGAAUGUCCUAAAAUGGGGAAGACAUAGGUCAUGUGUAAUGUGGUACUGUUACAGCAAACUUGUUCCUACCCUGAGUGGUCAGGAUGUCUGCCAUUUUAGGACACAUCCUCUGUGGGUUUGGUUAUCUGUAUUUUUAUGUAUAUAUAUAUAUAUAUUCAUUGAAAUUCCUCAUCUGAAUUUCCUAAGAACUGCUAGACAUUCUAAUGUAAGAUAUUUAUCUUAAGCUUUUUACUACAGACUGCUAUGGAUCUUGGUGAGAGCCUUCUUUGCCAGUUGUUACUCAAAAUGAUCCCAGUGAUAUUAAUCUUUGCAGGCUUCAUGAAUCAACAGAAGCAUCACCCUGUAGGGUUUUAAAUUGACAGAACAAUCAUGAUGUAUUUUACAGAGACUAAUCUGGCAUAAUUGAAUUUCAGAUAUUUAGCAGGACCAACGCCCUUCCGCUCCCAUACAGCUGAAACAAAGUUCUCAGAGGAAUCCAGCAGAUGCUUGCUGCUCUGUGCCUACCUUGUGAACAACAGGAUGCUACUUGCACAACUAUCUUUUCCCAAUCAAUUUCUUGAUGAGCUGCAGCUGAAAUAUUUAACACUUCACACUCAUGCCACUGGAGAUGGAGCCCAAAGCCAAUAACCUCGUUUUUGGGUGUCAGCGAAGCUCAACCUCUGAUGAUGACUCUGGCUGUGCCUUGGAGGAAUAUGCUUGGGUUCCCCCAGGCCUCAGACCAGAGCAGGUCCAGCUGUAUUUCGCCUGCUUGCCAGAGGAGAAGGUCCCUUACGUUAACAGUCCUGGAGAGAAACACCGGAUUAAACAACUUCUCUAUCAGCUGCCACCCCAUGAUAAUGAGGUGAGAUACUGCCAGUCUUUAAGUGAAGAAGAAAAGAAGGAACUGCAGAUAUUCAGUUCUCAGCGCAAAAAGGAGGCACUUGGCCGAGGCACUAUUAAACUACUCUCAAGAGCAGUGAUGCAUGCAGUUUGUGAACAGUGUGGUACAAAAAUAAACGGCGGUGAGGUUGCAGUUUUUGCCUCGAGAGCCGGGCCUGGUGUGUGCUGGCAUCCCUCGUGUUUUGUGUGCUUCACAUGCAAUGAGCUGCUUGUUGACCUUAUCUACUUCUACCAAGAUGGAAAAAUUCACUGUGGCAGACACCAUGCUGAACUUCUCAAACCUCGAUGUUCAGCCUGUGAUGAGAUAAUUUUUGCUGAUGAGUGUACAGAAGCUGAAGGUCGCCACUGGCACAUGAAGCACUUCUGUUGCCUUGAGUGUGAAACAAUCCUGGGUGGACAGAGAUACAUCAUGAAGGAUGGGCGACCGUUCUGCUGUAACUGUUUUGAAUCUCUCUAUGCAGAAUACUGUGAGACCUGUGGGGAACAUAUUGGUGUUGACCAUGCUCAGAUGACCUAUGAUGGACAGCACUGGCACGCCACAGAAGCUUGCUUUUCUUGUGCUCAGUGCAAGACCUCUUUGCUUGGCUGCCCUUUCCUUCCAAAGCAAGGGCAGAUUUAUUGUUCAAAAACCUGCAGCUUGGGAGAGGAUGUUCAUGCCUCCGACUCUUCUGAUUCUGCGUUUCAGUCAGCUCGAUCCAGAGAUUCCAGGAGGAGUGUCCGCAUGGGAAAAAGCAGCCGGUCAGCUGACCAGUGCCGUCAGUCUCUCCUCCUGUCACCAGCUGUCAAUUACAAAUUUCCUGGCCUUUCAGACAAUGCUGAUGAUACUCUCUCUCGUAAGUUGGAUGAUUUAAGCCUUUCAAGGGAAGAGGCAAGCUUCGUUAAUGAAGAUUUCUGGAAAGGAAGAGUAGAGCAAGAAAUGCCUGAAGACCCUGAAGAAUGGGCAGAACAUGAAGAUUACAUGACUCAACUUCUUCUGAAGUUUGGUGAUAAAAGCCUUUUCCAGCAGCCCGCUGAAGUAGACAUUAGAUCAAGUGAACACUGGAUUUCUGACAGCAUGGUCAAGAGCAAGUUGGACUUGAAAAAAAAUAAUCCAAGCCUAGCAAGUAAGAAGUAUCAAUCAGACAUGUACUGGGCCCAGUCACAAGAUGGUUUGGGAGACUCUGCAUAUGGCAGCCACCCAGGCCCUGCCAGCAGCAGGAAGAUCCAGGAGCUAGACAUGGAACAUGGGGCAUCAGGAUACAAACACGACCAAACACCGUGGUAUGGAGGUUCACUCGAAUGUUUGUCUGACUUGAAACAGCAAGAACAAAGUGUUCGAGACUCAAUGGAUUCCUUGGCUUUGUCUAACAUAACAGGGGCUUCAAUGGACGGAGAAGGCAAACCACGGCCAUCUCUCUACUCUUUGCAAACUUUCCAAGAGCUGGAUGUGGAGGACUGUGAGAAGAUGAGCAACAUGGGAACUCUAAAUUCUUCAAUGCUCCACCGGAGCACAGAGUCCUUGAAGAGUCUGAGCUCAGAGUUGUGUCAGGAAAAAGUCUUGCCAGAGGAAAAGCCAGUCCAUAUGCCUGUACUGAGAAGAUCUAAAUCCCAGUCUAGACCACAGCAAGUGAAGUUUUCAGAUGAUGUCAUUGAUAAUGGAAGUUAUGAGAAUCUUGAAAUACGUCAGCCUCCAAUGAGUGAAAGGACUCGUAGGCGUGUUUACCAUUUUGAAGAACGUGGAAAUCGGCCUUCUCACCAUCGCAGAAGAAGUAGGAAGUCUCGUUCAGAUAACGCACUUAACUUGGCCACAGAAAGAAGAAGCUCUCCGAGAGAGAGAUUUCGUUAUUACUCCCCUCAGGAUCAUGAAAAAUUUAUUCAGAAUAGGAGCUCACGUGAGCUUCGGGCAUUUAUUCAAAAUUCAGAGCUGUAUGGACAAUAUGCCCAUACUAGGUCUGACUAUGCACUGAGGAAUCAGGUGGUUGAUAAGUUUUUUGGACUAUAUGGUGAUGAAGAUGACUCCUGGUGUUCAACUUCAUCCUCAUCAUCCGAUUCUGAAGAGGAAGGAUAUUUUCUAGGACAGCCAAUUCCACAACCACGGUCACUGAGAUAUCCAUACUAUACAGAUGAUCUUUCUGGUCCAACUACUGCGUUAUCUACUUCUCAGUUUGGACAAAGGACAACCAAAUCAAAGAAGAAGAGGGGACACAAAGGAAAAAAUUGCAUUAUUUCUUAAUUAAUUCUUAAUAUUUCUUAAUUGGGAAGACCAGUCAACUCUGUAGCUACAGUAUGAACCACAUCUUUUUAUAUUAAUAAUUGUACUUAGGCAAGUUGCUAAAGUUCUUAAUGCUUUGCCAUUGUAAAUGAUAACCCUGCCAGAGUUUACAUUGUACAAGUAACAUUCAGAAAUGUCCCCACACCAAAUGAUCUGCUCAGAUACUGCUAGGUUUACAUACUGUGUUUCAGCUGUCAAAAUACUGUUACUGCAGUUCUUGAUAGAGACUUUUUGUAGACAUUUUAUUUUAUGCUCGCUAUUCACCUACACUGAAUUAUCUGAGAGAGGAUUCAACAAAGAUAAGUAAAUAAAAAUGUCAGUCCUGUGCUGUAGCUAUAUCCACACAGGUGAUCUUUGACUUUUUCCUCUUGCUGCCAAGAAUAAGAAGGCUCUAUGCUGUGUCUUUUCUUCACAGAUAAAGCUCACUCUUCCUCUUUCAAGUUUCCACACAAAAACUGGAAUUUUAUUUUUUUUUAAUUUGGGAAAACGCUCCUUAAAGAGGUAAAAAUCAGAAUGUGGGAGCUGAAAUGCUUGAAGCCUUGAUGUAUCCUAGAGCAACAGUAAAUGGUUUAUACACUUAACUGUCAUGGGUUUUCCUCCACAAUUUUUUGAGAAAGUGUAAGGUGGUUGUUUUGGAUUUUGGGGUUUUUUUGUGCCUGCUUAAAUGAAGCUAUUAAUUCGGCUGCUGGAACUGGACUUAGCUGCCAAUGAGUGGUGAUGUUUCUUCUGUCGUGCCCCCCACCCCUCAGCAGUGAGAGAGGUAAAACUGCUGGAGUCCUUUGCUCAGGCAUGUAACCCCAUUUAAGUCAAUGAAUCUACUUACGUAACAAAUAUUUUCAUAAGGGCUUAAAGGAUUAGGCUCCAGAAUUGUGUCUUUUCACAUGCAUUAUCCAGGUUUUAAAAUGUAUUAGCUGCAAUUCUAAGUCAAAAACAUUGAUAUUUAUAAUGUAGUAUUUCAUAGGCUUAAAUGUAUUCAUAAUUUAACAGUGCAAAUACUAAUGUACAUAUUGUACAGUUAAAAUUUUAAAAUCUGAAUAUUUUUAUAUCCCUGAAUUUGAAGAAGUUUGUUACAAGAUCAAACUAGAUUUGUUAAGGGUUUAACAGCAGCAUUAUGGAUGAAAUAUUGCUUGUAUUUUAGUCAGGGGGUUUAAGCUGAAAAAUAUUGAAAAAUGUUCAGUGCAAAACAGCUUAAUUUUGUCUACUAGGUAUUAAAAGCUCUGUAUGCAUGGUGGGGCUAUGUAAAUACUCUCUAUGGCCCUCUUAAUCUUGCAAGUGUUAUUUAUGGGUCAAGCAAAAUGUAAACUAUAUAAAUGUAAAAACCACACAAGCCUGGAAUAUAUCAGUACAACCAGUAUGCAA